AACUAAUCUGAAAAUAAUUUACUAAUACAAUAUUCUCGAGAAAGAUAAGGUGUGGCUGCAAUGUCUGAAGCAGAAAAGAAAUUGCCUUUCAUACCAGAGGAAUGGUCGAAUGCAGCAAGUUCUGUCUCCACCAGUUCGUUGCAACCGGUAAUAGCUUUGGUCUGUGGCCCUAAAAACAGUGGCAAAAGCACAUUUUCACGCAAUCUUGUUGAAGUUCUUCUCCAAAGAUACAAAAGGGUUGCUUAUUUGGACACUGAUGUUGGCCAGCCUGAAUUUACUGCACCUGGUUUCCUUUCUCUCACAGUUGUUGAUAAAUCAAUUCUAGAAUCGGAUUGGACAGUUCCAUGUGUAAAGACACCAGAGAGAUGCUUCUUCUAUGGUGAUGUUUCUUCAAAGAGGGAUCCAAAGGCAUAUUUAAGAUAUGUAUAUACCUUAUUCGAUUACUAUCAGCUACACUUCUGCAAGUCUAGCGAGAACAAAACUGAACUGCCGCUUGUCAUUAAUACACCAGGAUGGGUUAAAGGAAUUGGCUAUGAGUUAUUGGUGGACGUACUGAGAUAUGUUUCUCCUUCCCACGUUGUGAAAAUCAACAUCUCUGCUUACAACAAGAACCUACCAGCUGGUUUGUUCUGGUUAGACGGUAAUGAUGAUGAGACGGCUCAUUUGAUAGAGAUUCAAUCUGCUUACCAAGACAGAUAUAAUCAAUCUAUUUUAAUACAUAAGGAUGCUCGCUUGAUGAGGGACAUGCGUAUAAUCGCCUACUUCAGGCAAUGCAUUAAAGGAAAAGAAGUAAACACGAUUAAAGAACUAACCCAUGAACUCGCUUCCCAUACUCCUUAUGAAGUUCCAAUAUCGAGUUUAACAAUCAACCAUCUCCAUUGUCAGAUCCCAAGUUCUGAAGUGUUUUAUAGUUUGAAUGCUUCCAUUGUUGGUUUGGGCGUUAGCAACGACGUGUUUGAAGAUUUGCCAUCAUGUGUAGGUCUUGGAAUCGUGAGGGGUAUUGACACAGAGAGAGGAAUAUUAUACGUGAUCACUCCAGUUCCAGAAAACGUAGUUGAGAAAGUUGAUCUUCUAUUGCAAGGCUAUAUUCAGUUACCUACUUGCCUCUUAGAGGUGAAGGAUUAUAGGUCGAGGAUAAUCGUUAAGAAUAUUCCCAAAUAUGUGACAGAGGAUGAACUACGAGGUAUCUUUUCACGAAAAGGAGAAAUCACAGACGUAAAAUUGAAGCGUUUAAGUGAUGGCACAAGUAGACAAUUUGCUUAUAUUGGGUUUCGUAAUGAACAAGAAGCUCAAGAUGCUAUCACUUACUUUAACAAGUCUUUCAUUGAUACUCUUCGAAUAUCUGUUUUGCUUGCGGACCCUCCUCCGAGGACACAAGGGAAGGUUGAUGAAAAUAGUGAACAUGCUUAUGCUAAAGGAGACAAAAAGAUUAAGAAGAAACCAGAGGCUGAUCAUGAUCCUCAGCUUAGAGAAUUUCUUCAUGAGCAUAAGAAGUUGAAAUUCUGGUCCAAUGACAUGUGUAUUACUCCUUCCACCGGCAAAGAUAAGGUCUCGCCAGUAAGUUUUUCCAAUGGUGCCAAAAGAUCAGUCUUAGAUUCUAAAAAGACUAGGAAGAAUAAAGUUGGUGAUCAUGAUGUUUCUGAUAUGGAAUAUUUCAAGAGUCGGAUAAAGAAAAAUCUGUCGGAUUCGGACAGUGAUUGUGAAACUGAUAGUCGUGAAGAUGCAAUUCAUGUUUUUCCUAUUGAUGGAGAAGUUGAAGCUGACAGAGUCGACAAAGAUGAUGAUGAUGAUGAUGAUGGCCAUGCAAUGGAUGGCAGUGAUGAUGUUCUUGACACUAGUCGCCUUUUCGUCCAUGGCCUGCCUUACUCUACAACAGAAGAAGAGCUUACGGAACAUUUCAGCAAAUUCGGUGAUAUAUCAGAGGUCCAUCUUGUUCUUGACAAGGAUACCAGAAAUUCCAGAGGAAUGGCCUACGUCCUUUACCUCAUACCGGAAUCUGCAAAAAGGGCAAUGGAGAAAUUGGAUAAGUUACCUUUCCAGGGGCGGACGUUGCAUAUUUCACCAGCUAAGCCCCGUGCAAAGUCUGCUACACAAGUAGAUAACUCUUCUAAUCUGCCAAAAUCAUUCAAGCAAAAGAGGGAGGAACAAAGGAAGGCGUCUGAAGCUUGUGGAAACACAAAGGCUUGGAACAGUUUCUUCAUGCGACCCGAUACUAUCCUGGAAAACUUAGUCAGGUCGUAUGGUGUAACAAAGAGUGAGUUACUUGACCGUGAAUGCGAAGAUCCUGCAGUACGCCUUGCUUUGGGAGAAACAAAAGUGAUUAUGGAGACCAAAGAAGCCCUUGCUAAAGCUGGAGUACGUGUCACCUCUUUGGAAGAAUUUGCUGCACGGAAAGGUGAUGUGAAGAACAGAAGCAAACAUAUUCUCUUAGUAAAGAAUUUGCCAUUUGCUUCCACUGAAAAGGAACUGGCUCAAAUGUUUGGACGAUUUGGAAGUCUAGACAAAAUUGUUCUCCCUCCGACGAAGACGAUGGCUUUGGUUGUUUUCCUUGAACCGGCUGAGGCACGUGCAGCUUUGAACGGAAUGGCAUACAAGCGUUACAAAGAUGUUCCCCUGUAUCUGGAGUGGGCUCCUCGAGAUAUUCUUGAGCCAAAAGCACUUGCCGAUAACAAAGAAAAGAAGAGUGCUGUUGAAGAAAAUGAUGCGAGAAGAGUCAACCUGGAUCAGCAGGUUGGAAUCUAUUCGGAUAUAGCCGAGUCAAAUGUCCUUCAUGUAAAGAAUCUGAGCUUCAAGACAACUGAUGAGGGUUUGAAGAAGCAUUUGACUGGACUGGUGAAGCAGGGAAAGAUUCUGAGUGUUAAGAUAAUAAGAGAUUGGAAGAGACGUCGUUCAAGCGGUUAUGGUUUUGUAGAAUUUGACUCCGUAGAGACGGCGACCAGUGUCUACAGAGAUCUACCAGUAGAGGGAAAUGUUCUGGAUGGGCAUUCUUUGAUCUUGAGUUAUUCUGAAAACAAGCGGAGUGAAACGGUUGGGGAAGGUUCAGACAAGGUCACAAAUUUGGCAAAGUUACAUGUGAAAAAUGUAGCUUUUGAAGCAACCGAGAAAGAACUAAGACAGCUUUUCAGUCCAUUUGGACAGAUCAAGAGUGUUAGGAUUCCAUUGCAGAAUGUGGGAAAAUAUGCUGGUUUUGGUUUUGUUGAAUUUGGGACAAUGCAAGAAGCUUUAAACGCUAAAAAGGCAUUCUCCAACACCCAUUUCUAUGGACGCCAUUUGGUGCUCGAGUGGGCUCAUGAUGACAAGAGAAAAUCUUGUGCUGCCAAGUAUAUGGACCAAGAAAACGAUAAUCCAAAGAAAAGGAAAAGAUGGACAGUUGUUGGUAGAGGUAGAGAGACGUCAAAGAAAAGGUUACGAUUAAGGCCGCCGGCGACGAUUGAGGGAAGAAUAGAGAGGCCGCCGGCGACGAUUAGGCCGGACUCUGUCACCGAUUUCACCCUCUCCGACGAUGGCCGAUUCGUUGUUCACUUGCCCAAUUCCUGUGAAAUUGAAUUUGACUACCUCGUUCAAUACGACAAGACUAUAUCUGGCCGUAUCGGUUACAGCUCAAUCACCGAGCUCAAGGGUAUUCAGGUGAAGAAAUUCUUUAUUUGGCUCGAUGUCGAUGAAAUCAAGGUCGAUCUUCCGCCGUCUGAUUCCAUCUACUUCAAAGUUGGGUUUAUCAAUAAGAAGCUUGAUAUUGACCAGUUUAAGACUAUACAUUCGUGCCAUGACAAUGGUGUCUCUGGUUCUUGUGGAGAUUCAUGGAAGAGUUUUCUUGAGAAAGGGCAAGGAAUGAUGGAUGAAGCGGAAAUGUUAAUCACCGAGUAAAACACUCUUUGCAAUCACAGAGUCUGCGACAACACGCAGAUAGAGUUGAGUCUCAAGUCAAGUCUUUGUACAUAAUACAUACAAUAACUAGACAAGUCUUUU